CAAACAAAAUCCAAAACAAGAAAAAGAAGUAGUGGGCAAUACAGAAUCUAAGAAUAGAUCACACCAUCACCAAAAAAACAUAAAAUCUCUCUUUUCUUUCUUCUUUCCUGCAACAAAAUAUACAGUACUGUACUAUUAUCUACACAUUUCUCUCGUUCUCUUUCUUUCAAAAAUACUUUAUAAUUUACUGCUGCAAUUCUUUCAUGUUGUUAUAAAACCCACAGAAUCAUCCAUCCCCACCUCACUCUUAUCUAUUUCUAUUUCUUUCUCUAAAAGUGAAAUAGCAUAUCAAAAACUGAAUAUAAUAUUAUUUUUUGACCUAAUAAUAAUGGAGAUGAUGAAAUCAGCUGAUGAAGAACAGCGGCAACAUUUUCAUGUAUUGGCUGUGGAUGAUAGUAUUCUUGACAGGAAGCUUUUAGAGAGAUUGCUAAGAGUUUCUUCUUAUCAAGUAACUUUUGUGGAGUCUGGAGAUAAAGCUUUAGAAUAUCUUGGAUUGCUUGAUAAUCUAGAAGAUAAUGAACCUAUUUCUGCUCCAGCAUCACCAUCUUCCUCUUCUUUCAAUAUUUCUCAACCAACACAGCAAGAGGGAAUGAAAGUGAAUUUGAUCAUGACAGACUACUGUAUGCCCGGAAUGAGCGGCUAUGACUUACUCAAAAGAGUCAAGGGUUCGUUUUGGAAGGAUGUUCCAGUUGUGGUUAUGUCAUCUGAAAAUAUACCUUCUAGAAUAUCCAUGUGCUUGGAAGGAGGAGCUGAGGAAUUCUUAUUGAAACCACUUCGAUUAUCAGAUGUGGAGAAGCUGCAGCCUCAUCUUCUAAAAACACAGCCUGAUGAUGACACCAUUAAUGGAAGCAACGCUAAGGAUAAUAAUAUUAGCAAAAGAAAGGCUAUAUCUCCUGAACCUCCUCAGAGAAGAUCUAAAAAAUGAAAGGGCUGCCUGUUGCAUAUAUAGUCCUUUUUCUUCAACCUACAUGUAUUAUUAAUUCGAAGAGAUUUAUGUUUCCUAUAUUACUUUACAAACUUUAUUUUAUUUCUUUUUAUUCAAA